AUGCUUCCCUAUCUAUCUAUCUAUCUAUCUAUCUAUCUAUCUAUCUAUCUAUCUGUGAAAUACUGUUUAUAUGUAUGUGUUUAUCUAUCUAUCUAUCUAUCUAUCUAUCUAUCUAUCUAUGUUUAUUUAUAUCUAAAGCUUUUCGACUUAACCCUAAUUUUUGCACACUCUCCUUUUUUUUGUUUGAUUUUUAUCGAUUUCGAAACGCGGCAUCCAUCACAAAGAUUUUGCUGGAAUCGGUUGCACGUUUUCUCUUUCUUAGUUCCUUGGUUGUUUACUUGCAAAGGUUUCCUCAUUAGAGGCGAUUGCCGGCGGCCAUUUGCAAGAGAAGUUAAGACUGGCUACCCAGGACGAUUCAUUCCAAACGCACACGAAAUGAGACGCAAAGAAAUCUGUCUGGUUAUUAUUAAGCGACUGGCUGCGGCCGGAUAUCCAUCCCCUGACGCGAAGGGGCAGUCUUUCUUUUUAUCUAUCUAUCUAUCUAUCUAUCUAUCUAUCUAUCUAUCUAUCUAUCUAUCUAUCUAUCUAAUCUCUUCAUCUAUCUAUCUAUCUAUCUAUCUAUCUAUCUAUCUAUCUAUCUAUCUGUUCAUCUAUUUAUCUAUGUAUUAUAUUCUAAUCUAUCUAUCUAUCUAUCUAUCUAUCUUAGACUCUCUCACUCAGACUUUUCAUUAUCUAUCUAUUUUUACUCGGUCUGUUCAUCUAUCUAUCUAUCUAUCUAUCUAUCUAUCUAUCUUAGUCUCUCUCACUCAGACUUUUCAUUAUCUAUCUAUUUUUACUCGGUCUAUCUAUCUAUCUAUCUAUCUAUCUAUCUAUCUAUCUAUCUUAGUCUCUCUCACUCAGACUUUUCAUUAUCUAUCUAUUUUUACUCGGUCUGUCCAUCUAUCUAUCUAUCUAUCUAUCUUAGUCUCUCUCACUCAGACUUUUCAUUAUCUAUCUAUUUUUACUCGGUCUGUCCAUCUAUCUAUCUAUCUAUAUAUCUAUCUUCUAUCUCUCUCCUCCUCAGACUUUUCAUUAUCUAUCUAUUUUUACUCGGUCUGUUCAUCUAUCUAUCUAUCUAUCUAUCUAUCUAUCUAUCUAUCUAUCUAUCUAUGUCUUGUCUUUAUCUAUCUAUCUAUCGACCUAUCUAUCUAUCUAUCUAUCUAUCACUUUCAGUGCCUUCAUCUAUAUCUGAUUAAGUAUGUCAAAGUCUAUCUAUCAAUUUGUUCAUAUAUGUGUAUGCAUGUAUAUAUGCAGGUAGGUCUAUCAGUAUCUAUCUAUCUAUCUAUCUAUCUAUCUAUCACUACGGCAAACAUGGUCUACAUCUAUCUAUCUAUCUAUCUAUCUAUCUAUCUAUCUAUCUAUCUAUCUAUUUCUCUUUAA